AGUUGGCCUUCUGCAGUUCUGCCUGCGCCUACAAGCCUUUAGCUUGCGAGCCGUUUCGCACCAAAAAUUAAAAAAAAAAAGUUUGCGGGUUGCUGCAAAAACUUCCAUGGCGUCCAAGCUCUUAGCUCUGAGCUGCAUCCGCAGUAAGGAAUGGGUUCCACUAUCGAUGCGGCCUCAUUACCCGUCGAUGCCGAAUUACCCCAAGGGCGUGACGUUGGAAGAGGGGAGCAACGUCGAGGGGUCAGAAGCCAAGGCCCUUUUCUCCGUCGUCGGAAUGACAUGUUCUGCUUGUGCCGGUUCCGUCGAGAAAGCGAUCAAGCGCCUACCUGGAAUUCGUGAAGCCGUCGUCGAUGUUCUCAAUAAUCGAGCGUUGGUGCUGUUGUACCCCGCCUUCGUUAACGAGGAGACUAUUCGCGAGGCCAUUGAAGAUGCUGGGUUUGAAGCUACAUUGGUCAGAGAUGAGAUGAAUGAGGGAUCCGUUCAAGUAUGUCGCAUAACCAUAUCUGGAAUGACUUGCACUUCUUGCUCCUCCACUAUUGAAUCAGCUCUGCAAGCAAUUCCAGGUGUGCUGAAAGCUCGAGUGGCUUUGGCAACUGAAGAAGCGGAAGUACACUACAAUCCAAACAUUGUCAACCACACUCAAAUUCUGAAAGCCAUAGAAGACACUGGAUUUGAAGCCACACUUAUCAGUUCAGGUGAAGACAUAGGCAAAGUAGAGCUCCAAGUUGAGGGUGUGCAAACAGAACAUUCCAUGAGAAUCGUUGAAAAUUCUCUUCAAGCUCUCCCAGGGGUCCAGGGUAUAGAAUUAUAUCCUGAGCUGAACAAAAUAUCUGUUUCUUUCAAACCAGACAUGACAGGACCUAGGAAUUUUAUCAACGUAAUUGAAAGAAUUGGGUCUGGGCGCUUCAAGGCUAAACUAUUUCCUCAACAAGGAGAACGGAGAGAUACUCACAGGCGGGAGGAAAUCAAACAAUAUUAUAGAUUCUUCUUAUGGAGUUUGGUUUUUACUGUUCCAGUCUUUUUAACCUCUAUGGUUCUUAUGUAUAUCCCGAGAAUUAAGCAUGGACUAGACACCAAAGUUGUCAAUAUGCUUACGGUGGGACAGACUAUAAGAUGGGCACUUUCCACGCCAGUUCAGUUCAUAAUUGGCCGGAGAUUCUACUCUGGAUCUUACAAAGCAUUACGCCAUGGUUCUGCUAACAUGGAUGUCUUGAUUGCCUUGGGAACAAAUGCAGCAUACUUCUACUCAGUAUACUCUGUACUGAGAGCUGCUAGCUCCCCACAUUUUGAAGGGACUGAUUUCUUUGAGACCAGCGCAAUGCUUAUUUCUUUUAUUCUGCUGGGAAAGUAUCUGGAAGUCUUCACCAAGGGGAAGACAUCUAAUGCAAUUGCCAAGCUCAUGAACUUGACCCCAGACGCAGCUAUAUUGUUGACCCUGGACAAUGAAGGGAAUGUUAUUAAUGAAGAAGAAAUUGACAGUCGAUUGAUUCAAAAGAAUGAUCUGAUUAAAAUCAUUCCCGGUGCAAAAGUAGCUUCUGAUGGAUUUGUCAUCUGGGGCCAGAGCCACGUGAAUGAGAGCAUGAUAACUGGCGAGGCACGUCCUGUUGCAAAGAGGAAGGGUGAUCCUGUUAUUGGAGGAACUGUGAAUGAGAAUGGAGUGUUGCAUGUCAGGGCAACAAGAGUUGGAUCAGAGAGUGCUCUUUCUCAGAUCGUUCGACUAGUUGAGUCUGCACAGUUGGCCAAAGCUCCUGUGCAGAAGUUUGCUGAUCGUAUUUCAAAAUUCUUUGUGCCUUUGGUGAUUUUAAUCUCUUUCUCCACUUUUCUUGCAUGGUUCCUAGCCGGAAGGUUUCAUGCUUACCCAAAGUCUUGGAUACCAUCUUCCAUGGACAGUUUUGAGCUUGCUUUACAGUUUGGCAUCUCUGUCAUGGUCAUAGCUUGCCCUUGUGCUCUAGGUCUAGCCACGCCAACUGCUGUUAUGGUUGGCACUGGUGUUGGUGCAUCUCAAGGCGUACUAAUCAAAGGGGGGCAAGCAUUAGAAAGCACACAUAAGGUGAACUGCAUAGUCUUUGACAAGACUGGUACUCUCACCAUUGGGAAGCCGGUGGUUGUAAACACUAAACUUCUGAUCAAUAUGGUACUCCAAGAUUUCUAUGAACUUAUAGCGGCUGCUGAGGUGAAUAGCGAGCAUCCAUUGGCCAAGGCCAUUGUUGAGUAUGCCAAGAAAUUUAAAGAUGAAGAGAACCCGGCUUGGCCUGAAGCACAAGAUUUUGUCACCAUACCUGGCCACGGGGUGAAGGCCAUUGUUCGUAACAAGGAAAUUAUUGUGGGUAACAAGAGCUUGUUUGCUGACCAUAAUAUUGCUGUUCCUCCUGAGGCGGAAGAUAUCCUGGCUGAGGCUGAGGGGAUGGCUCAAACUGGAAUUUUGGUAUCUAUUAACGGGGAAGUGGCUGGAGUUGUGGCAGUAUCUGAUCCAUUGAAAACAGGUUCUCAAGAAGUGAUUUCAAUCCUCAAGUCCAUGAACAUUAAAAGCAUCCUGGUAACUGGUGACAAUCAAGGAACUGCUGAUUCAAUAGCAAGGGAAGUUGGAAUUGAGGAGGUCUUUGCGGAGACUAAACCAGAUCAGAAAGCAGAGAAAGUGAAAGAGUUGCAGGCUGCAGGGUACACAGUGGCAAUGGUUGGGGAUGGUAUCAACGAUUCACCAGCACUUGUAGCAGCAAAUGUGGGAAUGGCAAUUGGUGCUGGCACAGACAUAGCUAUUGAGGCUGCUGACAUUGUUCUGAUGAAGAGCAACUUGGAGGAUGUUAUAACUGCAAUUGAUCUUUCCAGAAGAACAUUUUUCCAUAUUCGUCUCAAUUACAUCUGGGCUUUGGGUUAUAAUCUUCUUGGCAUUCCAAUCGCUGCUGGAGUUCUUUUCCCUUUUACAGGACUCCGACUGCCUCCUUGGAUUGCCGGGGCUGCCAUGGCAGCAUCAUCUGUGAGUGUUGUUUGUUGUUCUUUGUUGCUGAAAUAUUACAGGAGGCCUAAGAAGCUGGACAGGCUUGAGAUUCGGGGCAUUAGGAUAGAAUGAUGCCUCAAGGUUUUGAUUUAGUUUGAUGUAGCAGUAGUAGCACAGUGCCUUGUUGUUCUUAUAAAUAAACUUAGGCAGUUACUGGAUCAUGUGUGAUGAACCGAACCUGUAAAUAAUGGAAGAUAGGUUGAUGGUUUUGUUUGCAUUUACAUUAUGCAAGUGCAGUGUUUCUUCAUGCAUAUGUGAAUAUAAAGAUUAACGUUUGUGGUUUUGUAA